CUACUCUUUACUGCCGUUUAUUCCGACGAUAAACAAAAAUCCCCGCCUAAAAUAAAGAAACGGCCCCACAUCUACAGAUCACUACGUAUAUGAAAACAGCAACACCAAAACAACAACACUACCACCAACAAUGUCCAGUCCACGCACAACGCCAAUGGCAACGACACCAGCGCCCGUACCAGUCAUCUACUCCGAUGCCUACUUCACGAAAAUGCGUGCUUUUGUUAUGACUCCCGAGAGGCUAAAGCACGAGGGAUACAAGUUGGAGAAUCUGGGGAAAGACGAGGUUUUGGCGUUUAGGAGGUGUCGGGAUUGUCAUGGUCGAAUACGGACGAGAAAGUCGGUGAAGAGGGAAGAGAAGGAGAAGGGAGAUGGGGACGGCGAGGGUGAAGCGACCGGAAAGCGGAAUAGACGGGGCAGGGGAAAGGAAAAAGAUUCUAAGAUCAAUGGAUCGACAGUUACGGACAGAAAGACAGAUGACGCGGAGAAUGACGAGGACGAGGAUAAGGAGGAUGGGUGUGUGCCGGUGACGACGGUGACCGUGCGAGAGGUGACCGACAAGGCGGACGAGGGCAAGACGAGCGAAGCGGCCGGAGAUAAACAGGGCAAGGAAAAAGGAGGCAAGAAAACAAAAACAGCCAUCUGUCAGUUUCAUACUGGUCGGGUUAUGAACAAGCACUUUACCUGCUGUCAAAAGCACGUUUCAACCCCCGGUUGCAUCGAGAAGGAUCGCCAUACGCCUGUGGAAUACGCAGAUGGAGAAUUGGAAAUGGAAUGGAUGCUCUACACGACACCUAUCAUGCCAAUGAAAUGGUGGGAUCCCCGGAUGGCGGUGGCCUUGGAUUGCGAAAUGGGGGUAUCAAUCUACGGGGAGCCGGAGCUAGUGCGGAUCAGCAUGGUGGAUUUCUUCACGGGCGAGAUCCUGAUAGAUUCGCUGGUGUAUCCGCGUGUACGGUUGCAGCAUCUCAACACUCGGUACUCUGGGGUAACCCGGGAGAUGCUCGAAACGGCACGGAAACGGAAGCAAUGCAUAGUGGGCGGGCGGGAUGCGGCGCGAGCGCAGGUGUGGCGGUAUGUCGGCCGGGGGACGAUCGUAGUGAUGCAUGGGGGCCAGAGCGAUAUGAUGGCAUUACGAUGGAUUCAUGAUCAAGUGAUUGAUACGUUUGUGGUAGAGGGGUGGCGACGGGAUGCUGCUGCUGCUGCUAUGGAGGCUGCUAAGAAACAGACCGAUGCGGACAAGGACACCGCCGAGCCGGAGAAGAAGGACGGAACCCCCGGCGGACGAUCACUGAAGCAUCUGACGGAAAUGAUACUGGGAAUGCAGAUUCAACAGGGGCGAAAAGGACAUGACAGUGUGGAAGAUGCGAUGGCGUGCCGAUGGCUGGUGGAUUGGUAUGUGCGAACAGGACUGGGAUAGGAAUACGUCAGACGAAUGGCGUGCUCAAACGGGCGAAUUGCUCAUGUGGGGUGAAGAAGAUCGGUAUCAGGUAUCUCCAACCAGUUACCAUACUAUGGAUACGCUGUAUUUACCUCCUGUCUGAGAUUCACAAUCAACAAUAACGUAUUCCGUACAGCGC